AUGCUGAAACAGGCGUGCUCACUGGAAUACCAACUCGUUGACUAUGUCAGUGUAGCGCGCGUGCGGCCCAGAACAUCUAAGGGCAUCACAGACCUGUUAUUGCCUAACUUCAUCCUGCUUAGCGCAGGUAGUUUCUCUAAGAAGACAGAAAAGCCGAAGCUUAACCCAACUAAAAAGUUGGUCUGUCUAUUUAGUAAAAUAAGGUCUCGUUCGUUAUCGGAAUUAACCAGACAAAUCACUCCACGAACUAAGAACGGCCAUGCACCACCACCCAUAAAAUCUAGAAAGAGCUUUCAAUCUGUCAAUCCUUCUUAUGUCUGGACCUGGUGA